CCCUUCCCAUCCCCCAGGAAUAUAUAAAGAGCCCUAACCUCAGCCACAGACCGACCCUGGCCAACAGGCGUUUGUCCUUGUUAAUUACAGAGAAACAAUCCCAAACCCGGGAGCUCCGCCUGGGUUUGCAGGCCCGCAGCAAGCCAGGGACUGGCGUUUCACCCUCUCCGCUGAAUCCUGGUAUUCCCACCUGCUUCUCUGAAGAAUGGACAUGACGGACAGCUGCCAGUUCUCACCUUCUGAGUACUUCUAUGAAGGCUCCUGUAUCCCCUCCCCAGAGGAUGAGUUUGGGGACCAGUUUGAGCCGAGAGUGGCAGCCUUCGGGGCACACAAAGCUGAGCUGCAGGGCUCAGACGAUGAGGAGCACGUGCGUGCACCUACUGGCCACCACCAGGCUGGUCACUGCCUCCUGUGGGCCUGCAAAGCUUGCAAGAGGAAGUCCACCACCAUGGAUCGACGCAAGGCUGCCACCAUGCGCGAGCGCAGACGCCUGAAGAAGGUCAACCAAGCUUUCGAGACGCUCAAGAGGUGCACCACAACCAACCCUAACCAGAGACUCCCGAAGGUGGAGAUCCUCAGGAAUGCCAUCCGCUACAUUGAGAGCCUUCAGGAGCUGCUGAGGGAGCAGGUGGAGAACUAUUACAGCCUGCCAGGACAGAGCUGCUCCGAGCCCACCAGCCCCACCUCCAACUGCUCUGAUGGAAUGCCUGAAUGUAACAGCCCUGUCUGGUCCCGAAAAAACAGCAGCUAUGACAGCAUCUACUGUCCUGAUGUAUCAAAUGCAUGUGCUGGAGAUAAAAGCUCCGUGUCCAGCUUGGAUUGCUUGUCCAGCAUAGUGGAUCGGAUCACAUCUGCAGAGCCGUCUGAGUUGGCUCUUCAGGACGCAGCUUCUCUCUCUCCAACUGCCAGCACCACUUCACAGCCUGCAACCCCAGGAUCCUCCAGUUCCAGACUUAUCUAUCACGUAUUAUGAACUAUCUCCUGAUGAUCAGUCCUGCUAGGGGGUAGUACUACACCUGAGAAACGAAGCCCCGCGUCUGAGCAGAAGAUAAGCUGUGCAGAAUAUAUACUUUUCAAUUGUAGAUACUGUCCUGCCACUUUAUAAGAAAAUGUAUUUAACUGAAAGUCACAUUUGCAAUAAUGACUGCUUCUCUGCCUGUUCUUUUUGUUUUCUGUUUUAGCUUUGGUUUGCUUUAGAUGUUUUCCAAAAAAAUAUUUUUCCAAUGGAGGGAAUUAAGUGACAGUUGCUUAUAGUAAUUCUUAACUUAUAUAUUGUAAAUAUUGCUCAUCAAAAUAACUUUGGUUUUUAGAGCUCUAUUUUGUUUUCUUCAAAAAAACAUUUUAAUAGCUUGGAAUCCAUUACAGGGAAUAAAAAAUAUAUAUUUAACUUUUGCUUCUCUCUUUAAACUUUUGUUAAUAAUGUAUCAAAUGAAAAUAUAACAAUUCUGCCUAAUCAUAUAUAUUUUCAUCUUUUCUUAUAAGAACUAGUUCUUUCAAUGUAAGCAAUAAAUAAUAAAUUGUGGAUAAAAUUGUGUAAAUUUCACUAUAAAUAAAAUUGUUAACUGAAAUAAUUAAUUUGUUUCUUGGCCUUUAAAAAUAACAUCCCUAAUGAAAUUAGCAAAUCAUGAACAUGAAACACUGAUGUAUGUGUUAAAUAUAAUUACACAGUUAGCCUUCUAGAUAAGUAUGAAAAUAAUUUAUGAAUUUCUUUUAGACUUGUUGAUAUCACCUAUAAAAAUAUCACAUUUCCAUUUUAAACAUAUUUCAAGAAUACCUGGUAAAUGAAGCCCCCUUUUCUUUGUUGCUAUGCCAUACAAUGUCAAGUUUUAUAUAAAAAAGGAUAGUAAAAAUUUACAGGAUAAUAUUAUUUGUUUAAGCAAAAAGCCUAAAAGAUAUUAUCUCAUUUUAGUGUACGCAGUACUUUGCCAAUCAUGAGCCAGGUUUUAUUGCCUUCUUGUAUAUGCCUGAAAAUAACUUGAUAAAUAGAUAUACUAUUAUUAUCAAAAAAUAUUUAAAGGAGGUG